GAGUUAUGCUGUAAUUUGUCAUCAAUAUGUGUCAUCGAUCAUUUUAGGUCCGUCAGCCCACACGAAACAAUCGCAGUUAAUACUUUACAAAUCAGUUGUGUUGUAUUCUCGACUCCCGAACGUUGUCAAUCAAUAGCUGGUAGGUGUGUGUUAAUAAGUAGUUCUUAAAAUCUUCGUCCUACAAAUCUGCAAAAAAAAAAAAAAAAAUGUGUGACAACGGUUCCGUGACAAAAAUGAACGUAAGAGAUCCGAAUUUUGGGACCAAACUCGUGCACGCCGGACACAACCCCGGAGAGUGGACUUACAACGAUGUCGUGCCACCGAUUGCGAUGAGUACGAUAUUCAAUUCGAGAUCGCCGGGAGUAAUCGAAGGGUACGAGUACACGCGAUGCGGCAAUCCGAUCCGUUCGGUCUUGGAGAAAUGUCUGAUAGCACUGGACCAAGCCAAGUACGCGCUGGCCUACAGUUCCGGGAUGGCGGCUAUCUCGUCCAUGGUAAAUCUGUUGGCUCCCGGUGACCACAUAUUGUGCAGCUCCGACGUAUACGGCGGUACUCACAGGCUGCUGAACAAGAUGGCCAAGCAUGCGGGAAUCUUGUUUGACUUUAUUGACUUUUCCGACACGGCGAACAUCAUCAAAAGUAUAAAACCCAACACUAAGCUCGUUUGGUUCGAGAGUUUGUCGAAUCCUUUAAUGAUCGUGUUGGACGUACAAAAAGUGUCUGAAGCCGUUCAUAUGACUCGAGCAGAUAUUAUAGUGGCCGUUGAUAAUUCAUUCGUGACGCCCUAUUUUCAAAGACCGUUGGAUCUUGGCGUAGAUGUAAUAAUGUAUUCGCUGAGUAAAUAUAUGAAUGGACAUUCAGAUAUAGUUAUGGGGGCACUGGUUACCAACAACAAGGACAUAUAUGACAAAUUAUACGUUUUCCAAUACACUUCCGGAAACAUACCUUCGUCGUUCGACUGUUACAUGGUGAACCGCGGAUUGAAGACGCUGCAAGUGCGCAUGGAACAGCACAUGAAGAAUGCCACGGCGGUAGCCGUGUACUUGGAAUCGCAUCCGAAAGUGCUCAGAGUGAACUACAUGGGCCUGCCCAGUCACAGGCAACACGAAAUCAUCAAAAAACAGUUUACCGGCCACAACGGAAUAGUGUCGUUCUACAUCAACGGCGGCAUCGAAGUGAGCACGAAGCUGUUGGAAUCGCUGAAGCUGUUCUGCAUCACGUGCAGUCUGGGCUGCUACGAAAGCUUGGCCGCUCUUCCUUGUAAAAUGACGCACACUUCGCUCACGAACGAAGAAAGGCAAUCUUCUGGCAUUCACGAUAAUCUCAUUCGGCUGUCCAUUGGCUUAGAAUACUACCAGGACUUGAUCGACGAUUUAGAACAAGCAAUUCAAGCAAGUGGAGCUAAAGAUAAAUGUUAACGAAUUAAACAAAAGUCUUAAUAGAUAUUUUAUUAUAUUAUAUAAUAUAAUAUAAAAAUAAUAAUAAAUAUAUUAACUGAUUCC